CCGUUUGAAUAUUAUAAACUCGAGCGCCAUUGACCGAAAUUAUGUGGCAACUCUACUCGAUAAACGUCAGAUAGGGUGAUAAACAGCUGUUUAGAAAGAAAAACAAAUUGAGAAAAGUUAAAUGCGAGCGUUAUCAACAGAAACGUCACAUUUUGUCGGCCAAAAUGCGGUUUUUGUUAGCUUGUGGUGCGGUUAUCCUUCUCGUCCUUCAAGCAGCGGCGGACGACGUCAGCGGUCAUGAUAUGCCCAACAUUACAACCAGUAACGCCACUCCUCAAGAUAAUAGUAACUCUUCAAAUAUUUCGACUGACUUAUCGACCAGUAGUCAUGUGGGGAAUAUCUCACCCUCAACUUCUUCACUCGGCAAUGAAAGCUUUACCAGGAAGGGCAACGCAUCCACGGUGGCUACGGAGCCACCGCUUAUCGAUUCCCACGCCGUUGAGCAGGAACAUAACUCCUCGCUGUCGCUGUUUUUUGUCAUAUGCGUCAUUAUGCUGGGCAUUCUACUGAUCCACUCCAUGCUACAGACCGGAUUUCAGUACCUACCAGAAAGCAUUGUGGUGGUCUUCCUGGGCGCCUUUAUCGGCUUGUCGUUGAAUGUGAUGUCCGGGCAGAAUGGUAGCUGGAAGCGCGAGGAGGUUUUUUCGCCCAUGGGCUUCUUUCUGGUACUUCUUCCACCCAUUAUAUUCGAGUCCGGCUACAAUCUGCACAAAGGAAACUUCUUUCAAAACAUCGGAUCUAUACUGGUGUUUGCUAUUUUUGGCACAACUAUUUCUGCACUGGUCAUCGGGGCUGGGAUUUAUUUGCUGGGCCUAGCAGAAGUGGCAUUUCGACUUAGCUUUUCUGAGUCUUUUGCCUUUGGCUCGCUCAUCUCGGCCGUGGAUCCCGUCGCAACUGUGGCUAUUUUCCAUGCCCUGGAUGUAGAUCCCAUACUUAAUAUGUUGGUGUUCGGCGAGAGUAUAUUGAACGACGCCAUAUCAAUUGUGCUGACCGCUUCUAUCACCCAAUCGGCCAACGCUAAUGCCGAAGCAAGCACUGGAGAGGCUAUGUUUAGUGCGUUGAAGACUUUUUGCGCAAUGUUCUUUGCGUCGGCGGGCAUAGGGGUUAUAUUCGCCCUAAUAUCGGCACUUCUGCUCAAGCACAUCGAUUUGCGAAAACAUCCCUCCCUUGAGUUUGCCAUGAUGCUAAUGUUUACCUAUGCCCCCUACGUCUUAGCGGAGGGAAUACACUUAAGCGGUAUUAUGGCCAUACUGUUUUGUGGAAUCGUCAUGUCCCACUACACGCAUUUCAACCUAUCCACUGUCACUCAAAUUACCAUGCAACAGACGAUGAGGACUUUGGCCUUCAUUGCUGAAACAUGCGUGUUUGCUUAUUUGGGUCUAGCGAUCUUUUCCUUUAAGCACCAAGUAGAACUGUCCUUUGUUAUAUGGGCAAUAGUGCUUUGCCUAAUUGGUCGUGCCUGCAACAUAUUUCCGCUCGCCUUCUUGGUUAACAAAUUCCGGGAGCAUAAGAUUAACAACAAAAUGCAGUUUAUAAUGUGGUUUUCAGGCCUACGUGGUGCCAUUUCCUAUGCGCUGUCUUUGCACUUAAACCUCGACAGCCAGGAGAAACGCCACGUCAUCAUAACAACAACAUUAAUCAUCGUGCUAUUUACCACGCUGGUAUUGGGCGGCUCUACAAUGCCGCUACUUAAGUAUCUUAAGCCCGGGAAAAAACGGCGCGCACGUGGCUCAGUACGAAAUACGCCUGAGGCUGGAAGCCGUCGCAGUGGCCGGAAGAGGUCGAAGUCUAUUUCUCUGUCUAAGACCCGCGAAUGGGGGCAGGCAAUCGACUCGGAACAUCUAUCGGAGCUCACCGAGGAGGAGGAUGUUACCUUCACACAAGCCCGUGAUCGCUUUGGGCGCAUGGAUCGCAAGUACUUCAUUCCGUUCUUUACGCGAAGAUUUAAUAGCCAAGAAUUGCACGAAUGUAAGUCCCAGAUGGCUGACCUAACUAACAAGUGGUACCAAGCGAUUCGCGUAAGUCCAAUGGAUUCGGAUGAAUCAGACGAAGAGAUCGGGUUGGGCGCCAGCACAAGUCAGAUGCAUCUAACGCGGUCUUAG